AUGUCUCACGAGGAAGAUCUCAUCGACUACUCCGACGAGGAGAUCCAGACGACUGAUGCGCCCGCCAACGGCAGCGCAGCUGCAAGCAAGGGCGGCGUCACCGCCGGUGAUGCUGCAGGCGACAAGAAGGGCAGCUACGUCGGCAUCCACUCGACCGGUUUCCGCGACUUCUUGCUCAAGGACGAGCUCGUACGAGCAAUCACGGACUGUGGCUUCGAACAUCCUUCCGAGGUGCCUUCCGCUACCUACGAGCGUCGACGCGCACUGCAUUCGCAGGCGCACCGGUAUAUGCAUCGAGAAGCCAGUGGUGCCUAUUGGCUCACUACCGUGGUCCCGAAGGACUGGUUUCAGGGGAGGAGUGCAUGUUGCGGGUUCCAGCAAGUUACCAUUCCCCAGGCCAUCCUAGGAAACGAUGUCCUCUGCCAGGCCAAGUCUGGUCUCGGAAAGACUGCCGUCUUCGUUCUCGCAACCCUCCAGCAGAUGGACGAGAAGCCCGAGCCCGGUACCGCCACUAUCCUGGUCAUGUGCCACACUCGCGAGUUGGCCUACCAGAUCCGCAACGAGUACAACCGCUUCGCCAAGUUCUUGCCUGACGUCAAAGUUGGUGUCUUCUACGGAGGAACUCCCGUUCAGAAGGACAUCGAGCUCCUUAGCAACAAGGAUACCCACCCUCACAUCAUCGUCGGUACUCCCGGUCGUAUCAACGCCCUCGUCCGCGAUAGGCAUCUCCGCCUUGCCAACCUGAAGCACUUCGUCCUCGAUGAGUGCGACAAGAUGUUGGACCAGCCCGACAUGCGCAACGACGUUCAAGCAAUCUUCCGCGCUACACCCCAGCACAAGCAGGUGAUGAUGUUCUCCGCCACCCUCAACAAGGAGGUGCGCGUUGUCUGCAAGAAGUUCAUGCAGAACCCGCUCGAGAUCUACGUCGAUGACGAGAAGAAGUUGACGCUUCACGGUCUCCAGCAGUACUACAUGAAGCUUGACGAGAAGGAGAAGAACCGGAAGCUUAACGACCUUCUCGACAGCUUGGAGUUCAACCAGGUCAUCAUCUUCGUUCGCUCCACCCUGCGCUGCUCCGAGCUCGACAAGCUUCUCCGCGAGUGCAACUUCCCCAGCACUGCUGUCCACUCUGGCAUCAGCCAAGAAGAGCGUAUCAAGCGCUACAAGGAGUUCAAGGAGUUCCAGACUCGCAUCUGUGUCUCCACCGACAUCUUCGGUCGUGGUAUCGAUGUCGAGCGCAUCAACGUGGCCAUCAACUACGACAUGCCCGACAAGGCCGAUGCCUACCUCCACCGCGUCGGUCGUGCCGGUCGUUUCGGAACCAAGGGUCUCAGUAUCUCGUUUGUGAGCAGCCCAGACGACGAGGCUGUCCUCAAGUCGAUCGAGGAGCGCUUCCAGGUCGAGCUUCCUGAAUUCCCCGAGGAUGGUAUCAACUCGUCCACCUACAUGGACAACUAA